CAAGAUGUGGAGCUAAGUCAGAGACCUGGGAUUCUGCCCAAAUGAAAACCAAUGGGAUGAAUUCACCCUGGUACCUUUUAAGCAGGCUGAAUACAAAGCAAAUAGUUCAGAGCCAGCUACUGUGUUUCAAAACCUUCAGCUUUAUUCGUCUAAAAUAUUCCAGCAUAAGAAAAAGCAAUUAAGGACUAUUCUCUGCUUUGUCUGGUUUAGAUCUUAAACUCCUGAGGGCAGGGGCUGCCUUGCAGUGCCUGUUGCUGAGGCCUUAAUGUUGAUCCAGCCCAUUCAGUGCAGAGAUAAUAAAAAAAAAGAGCUCUUUGCAGCAGUUUUGUAUUGCUCUGUAGGUCUGGGCAACAGGAGGUCAUCUUGUGUAAGGUUUCAGUGAUUUGGCUGAUGAAGCACCUGAUGGUGGAGUUCUGUAGCCAAUGCUGCUGGUGAGUUGCUAUUAGCAGAGACCUAAUCUGAAUACAAAUAUCUGUGGAAACAGUUUACUGCACCUGGCAAGUUUGUGCUGGAACUUCUCAUCCAAUCCAGGGAUCGAAGCAGGAUGAUUUACGGGAUCUUCCUGGCCAAUAAGCAGUAUCUUAUUGGAAAGGUUUGAAAUUCUACCUAAAAUCACAGAGUGAAAGGUUUGUAAAAUUGCCAGGAAGUUAUUUUCAGGGUUGACCUGGAUUUGCACAAAACAGGUAGCACAAAGGAGAGAACAGCUGGAGGCAUAGGUGGGAAGAGAACAGCAUCUGACAGAUUCUCAUGGGGAUUAUUAGUAUUUUUUAAGGGAGGUAAAUGGCAUAUUGUUGCCUCAAAUAUCUGACAAACAGAGGAGGAAGGCAUGGAGCUAGCAGCUGGCAAGGCAGCCAGGUCCAGUGUCUGCUGGCAAUAAGUGGGGUCCAAACCACUGGGCCUCUUGCAGAAAAGGAUUUUGCCACUGGUUAUCCUGGGAUGAGGCUGUGAUAUGAACUCUCGUGUCUAAACAUGACUGCAUUGCUUAUCUCUGCUGGACGCCCAUGUCUGCUGUCAAUGCAAAUAUUGUUCUUAACAUGGAUCUGCCAGAACUUCAUGCUUUGACAGGUGUAUUUUAAAUGUCCUAGGCAAGAUUCUUCAUGCAGAGAAAGAGGAUUUGAGGGAUGUGGCCACUGGUAAUGCAGAAAUCCAUCUGAAUUUCAACCCAGGGCAUACCUGGGAAGCGUAAGCAUGAUGCAAUGCUCUUUGUGCGUGGCUUGUUCCUAGAUUGGACUCUGGAAAAAACAGCAUCCCUCAUUACUGCCAGUUUUCCACUACAGUCCCUCUUAUGUCCCCCUUUCCUCUGCUGUCUGCAUUUCUAGCCCCAAAAUGCAGUCAGGGCCAGAAUUGUUCCAGAAGUACAAUGUGUUCAUGUAUUUCUUUGGAUUGGAGAUGGUAGGAUGGUGCCACAUUUUUCCCAAAUAUUGAGAGUUUUCCAGCUUGUUCUGGCUGGUCGCUUUGCUGAGGUCAAAACAUUGGCUGAGGCAAAUUUGAAGAUGUUUUGUGCCAUUUCUCAGUGAGUGUGGUUGGUUGUUUAUCUUUCAAACAUCAGCACUUCCUGCAUCAGCACAAGAUUUUCUCUAGGAAACAUAAAAACACCUUUUCAUUUUGGCCUUUGGAAACCUUUUGAAGUCUUCCAGCUGAAAAAUAGCAAGGUCCCUAGGCUUGAGUAUGAGUAUUUGUGGGUGCUUUACAACUGUUAAGGGCUAAAAAGCAAAUGAAAGUCCUGAGAUCUGUGCUAAGAGGGUGCAAUAAGAGAUGAGUGUGCAACAGCAAAUUGCUUUAAGUCCUUCCCUACUAUUUUCCAGAAGAGUCUUGAUGGAAAAUUGUCUUCUCAGCCCCAAGUGUGAAAAAGCAUUGCUUUGUGUUGCCUUUUCUUUUAGUAACUUUAGUGUCAAAUGUAUUGGUUACACAUUGGACACAUUUUUAAUGCUCCAUGGUGCAUAUUCUUCCAAUAGGAAAAACCACCUAGAGCAUCAGCUGUGUCUUUCUUCUCUCUCCACAAAGACCUAUGGGGCAUCCUGCAUCCCUGUAAGAAAGGAGCUUUGACCUUUUGUCUGUUCUGACUGGAUUUCUUUUUGCAGACCUUGCCUGACAUUGCUGUCCAUUUCAAGAGAUACUUUCCUGUCUACUUUGCCUGUCUAAGGCACCAACAAUCCAGCUUCUGCUUUUGGUUGCUUCCAUAGGUGCUUUGGAUCCAGCCUGGUAAAUGGUAUAUGGUAUAUGCCUUUUAAAUGGCAUACAGCACAGAGUCUGAAUUAAGAUCAUGGACAAGUUUGAUCAGCAUCAGAGCUUAGGUGCCUACUCCCUUGGUUUAGCACAUUUGCCAGCAUACAGCAGCCAGACACGAUCCCUUCCUGCACUCACGCACACAGACCAUUAGUAAAUCAGACAUUUUAGUAAAUCUUUCUUUGCACAGCAUUUCAAUAAUAUCCUUAGUGUUAAGGAUUUGGUUUUGUAUCAGUUUUGUAUCUGUUCAAAAGGGGAUGCUGCAGGCUUAGUCACCCAUUUAGCUCUUACCUUUGCUCAUUGGAGCUGUCUCAGCAGAUAAGCUUGCUGAGCUGCCCAGAUGUCACCCCACAAGUGCCCUUCUCUUGGGCUCAGGGAACAGGGGUGCAGGGAGCCUGCCUCUCUGAGGGGCCCUGGACUGGACGGUAACACGAGCAGGGCACAGCCCUCCAGCCAGCAGUGCAGUGUUUGGGAGGACUUCUCUCUCCUCAGGAGUUGGUCUGCUCUCUUCAUCCACUCUCUGACAUGAUCCUAUAUCCAGACUCUUUAGAAGAGGAAAAAAAGAAGCAAAACUGAAAGCUGCUAUUUUUAAACCUUCCCUUUGGCUGUCUUUGCAGCGCUGCCUUCCUCCCCGCGUUUCAAACAGUGUUCUUUUGAGAACUAGGCACCAGGGCCCUGCGGUUUCCUGGUACUUGGAACAUAAAAUCUCCUAAUUCUUCUCUCGCAGCAAGCUUCAGAGGCCGGGGAGUGAUUGAUAUUUUCUAUCGCUUCAUUAAUAGUCACAGCACAGUAGUUUUCUAAUCUGUUUUUGCACCGCUUUUUAUUCUGAAUAAUUUGUCUUUCAAAUUUUCUCAGCCCUCUGUGUCACACAAAGCAAAUGCUGUUUGCUCCCCUCCUGCCUUUUAACCACUGGGUUGAGACCUGCGGGAGCUGCUGAGGCAAAGCGGUCCAAGAGAUGGGAAGCUGGGACCUGCCUCGUGGAGCCUCCUCAUGUGUGCUUAUAGCACAGCUUGGCAAAUAUACUUGGGAUAUGUCCCAGAAUUGGAUAAAUUGGAAGUAACUGCUACAAGGGAAGUCUCCCCUUAUCUCUCUGCUGACUGAUAUCAGGAUCCAUGGUGUAAGUGGUGCUGUUGCAGAAGAUAAAAGGUAAGCUGUGCAUAAGGCAACCUGCAAUCUAUUCAGGCAAAGGGGAAGAAAUGUGAGGGUUGAAGUUAUUGAGAGUCUGAGGCCUAUUUCUGGUGGCAAACGAGGUGCUCAGGGCACAGGAGAAAAUCAAACAAAAAGGAUCCAGGGAAAACCUGGGGCAUCUGCUGCUGAUCGUGUGUUUCCCAGCACAUCUCCAGGAGCGAAGCUCUCCAGGAUAAAGAUAGAAAACUGCAAUGGAUCCAUUUGCCAAGAGGCUUGGGCAUUAUCCCAUGAGAUGUGGAGAAAAGCAGAACAAGGGCUAGCUGUUGUGAAGCUGUGAGCCGGCUCAGCUCUGCCACACUGUGAGCUAUGUCUCUUCAUUGCCUUUUGAACACCUGGAACCUUUACCUGCAGGUGGGCUGUCUCCCUGGGUUAAACAGCUCACUGUGCUCUGGCAUGUCUGCAUUAUUCCUGAACGUUCUGCACACUGUUUUUUCAUUCAACCCAACUUGGAAAAAGGCAGACAGGCAGUAGUCUAAACACCCCAAGAGUCUGUAUUUGCUUUGUUCCUUAUGCGUUCCAGCACAACCUGCUCUCCUGUGAUUUAAAACAGUGUGUCUUUGUGCUUAUCUUCUGGGCUUGGCAAGGCGAUUUUUACCUUUUCGUUUUUGUAUCAACAGGAGAAAUUGCUGUCUAACUGAUCCUUUGUGGACCUCUGACCAAAACCAUCCAGUGCAACAGAUGCACAGACUUAUCCAGACUCCUGCUAGGAACUGGAAUUGGCAUCGAGCAACAUGCACGCCUCCACCCAGACCAGAACCCACCAAGAUGUCCCUCCCUCAGAUGAAGCUCGUGUGUCACUCACAACCCAUGGCAGAGGACAUGCAGCAGCUUGGAGCAGAGGACAGUUGGAAUGGGAAGAUAUAGCAUGGUUAACCAAAAUCCAGACUCAUCUGAGCUCCUUGGGCAUCUCCUACUGCAUCAUUCGGGACCUGAGGUUCCCAUGUGCCUUUCUGGUCUUCUCAGCAAGCUAAUGGAAACAAUCCUGUAACUUCAAGGCAGAACGAUGAGGUUUUAGAAUUCCCCUGACUGGUAAUGAGAGAGUUGAUACAGCUUAACAGCAGAGUAACUGCAUGCCAGGAUGGCAACUUCAAACCUGGAGAAUCAGCUGCACAGUGCCCAGAAGAACCUCUUGUUUCUCCAGAGAGAACACGCCAGCACCCUGAAGGGCCUGCAUGCCGAGAUCCGGCGCCUGCAGCAGCACUGCACAGACCUAACCUAUGAGCUGACUGUGAAGAGUUCAGACUUGUCAGGAAGCAUUAGUUCAAGAAGUGAUGAACUCAAAAGAAAGUGUGAAGAUCUUGAAGCUCAGCUGAAAGCCAAAGAGGCUGAAAACAAUGAAUUAUUGAAAGAACUUGAACAAAAGAAUGCAAUGAUAAUGGUGCUGGAAAACACCAUUAAAGAAAGAGAAAAGAAGUAUUUGGAAGAGUUGAAAAUGAAAAGCCAUAAGCUCAAUAUGCUGUCCAGUGAACUAGAGCAGAGAGCAAGCACGAUCGCUUAUUUAACUUCUCAACUGCACGCUACUAAGAAGAAGCUGAUGAGUUCCAGUGGGACUUCGGAGGGGACCCCUUCAGGCAGUCCGGUGUUGUCCAGCUAUAAGCCAGCCCCUCCCAAAGACAAACUGCCCGAGACUCCACGGCGCAGAAUGAAGAAGAGUUUGUCAACACCGCUCAACCCGGAGUUCGAAGAGGCCUACAGAAUAGGGUCGGAUAGUCGGAAGCUGCUGUUAAGGGAGCACGUGGAUGCCAUGCCUGAUCCCACUCCGUUUCUGUUGGCCAGAGAAACGUCGGAGGUCCACCUCAUUAAGGAGAGGCCGCUGGUUAUUCCCCCCAUCGCUUCGGAUCGAGCAGCCGGCGAAUCGCACAGCCCAGCGCGAGAGAAGCCGCACAAGGCGCACGUCGGAGUGGCGCAUCGCAUCCACCACGCUGCGCCCCCCCAGCCUCAGGCAGAGGUUGAAACGCUGGCGGUGGAUCAGGUCAAUGGAAGCAAGGUGGUCAGAAAGCACUCAGGGACGGACAGAACUGUUUGAGUCAAAUCACUGCUGCCCUGUUCUGUCGCUGUUUAUGCACUGUGAUCCCAUAGGAUAAAUAGCACCUGCAGUAAAGUUUCUUUCGAUGCCCCAUGCAUGCCAAACUUCUUCCAGAUACAUCAUUAAUAGAUUAUCCUCCUCUAUUGAUACCUACUAGGACUGUGUUCAUAUGGCAAGGUAUAUAACUACUAAAUGCUGUGGCCAAAUCAGGGGUACCUGACUGCUUGCUUCUGAGCACUGCUCCAUUUAUUGUAUCUACACGUGUGGACAAAGGCACAUGCUGCAGGCUGUGUUAUUAAUAUUAGUGAAAACAAGCCUAUUAACCUGCAGCAAUAGGUAUUGGCUGUUAGCAUUUGAAAUAGCAAUGGUUCUUUUGUCUUCACUGUGUAUGUAGCACUUCAUACACAAACAUUAACUUUCAUGACAAAGCCUUCCUCACGGUAGCAUUGAAAAUCCAUGGGCUGUACAUACACUUUAAAACAAACUAAGGACUUUUUUCCUUCAAAUGCUCUCAGUUGUGAACUGUGUUCAUAGUUUCUCAAAGUCCUGAGAGUCCCAGUAAGCAUUGUUUAGUCCUAAAUAACUUGGUUUGUGGCUUUAAGUAAAAAAUGAGGAAGAAACAUGGGAAAAUCACUGUCUUCAAUGGUUAAUGGUCCUCUCAGAAGGAGUAUGAACAUGUUUUUGUUUGUUUUUUUAAACUGAACGCCCUCAAUGCACAUUUUACACUAGUCAGUGAGUACACUGCACUUGUGGCACCUUCCAUACUGGCUCAGAGCUCCUUUUUUUCAGGGAGAAAAUGUACCCGACUGUCCUGUAUGAGAAUGGUUCUUUAUGCUCUAACCUGCACUUUUUUUAUAAAGAUUGCUUUUUGUGUUUUGGUUUUUUUUUUCUUGAAAAGUUUAGACUUAUUCAGGGUAUCAGUGGUCAGUUCUGACUUCUAACAGCUUAGAAGCCUGAGCUGUGCCUCUAAAAUGUGUGUACUCAGUUUUAAAUGUAACUGACUUACCCACUUCUUACAAGAGGAGAACCUGGCAUCCUUGACUUCUAUCCAAGUCACUUGGGAUGCACCUGCCUUGUACUUGUCCUGGUUCCCCUGUCUAGUUAGCAACAGGUAGACCCUGCAUCUGUUGUUAGACUACUUGAUUUUUGUUUCUUCUUUUUGUUCUUUUUUCUAGGAAAGAAAGGCAUACUGAGAGCUGUGUAUGUAAUUUUUGGAAAGGAGUUUUUCUUAAAUUCUGAUCAGCACCUCCAGCUUGCCUCUGCUUCACUCUUGUCUGCAGCCUCUGAGUAGGACCAGCAAGAAAAAACGGCUCCCAAAUGCUGCUAAGCUUAUGAUGUGCCUUCAAAAAUUUGGAACACGUAACCUUUGUAAAAGCUGAUGAAGGAUCCCUGCCUGCCCUCUUUCCUUCCCCUUGCCAGCUGUAAUUUGCCCCUCCAGCUUUUUUUCUGCAGCUGUGUGUUGGUGUGUUUCCCUCUGGAGCCUUGGGUAACUAUCUGUCAGCUUUCUCCCUCCUCCCCCCCAAAAAAGGCACUGACAGGAUGAAAAAAGCUGUUCUUCCUACCUGUGGUACUGCUAACUUCCCUGUGCAGCAUGCUAACUUACAGCAGGGUUGGUCCCAGUCAGAGAGGAUUUGAAUGUCCACUGACCUGAAGGCUUCCUGUGCCCUGUCCCUGUGCACCCUCACAGCUCAGGCACUUGCUAGUUUGAGAAGCCCAAGAAAUGCUUGUCAGCGUUGUGCCUUGCCAGCCGUGUGCUAGGAUUUGUUUCAUGAACUGUGGGGAGGGACAGGCAAAAGCUCUGUUCCUGGAAAAUUGGCUAAAGAAAGUUUGUUAUCCUGGAGUGCUCAGUGUAUUGUAUUUACCAGCAGUGUUUUCGGUUUGGGGAUUUUUUUGGUGGUUGUUGCCAUAUUUUUAUGGCUGUUGUAUGAGUGAGCUACCCUGCCACUUGUUCAAGGCUGAUGGAAGGCAUCGCUUCCAAACCCAGCAGAAGUGAUGCUUUGGGCAAUU